CGUAGAGAGAGGGAGGAGGCGGUAAUGCAACUCAACGCUGGUUGUCACCGACAUAACACCAUAAAGAAGAAGAGGAGGAAGAGGAGUCAGUCGUUGGCUUCAGCAGAGGAGGAGAUGUGUCACAGUUUUAUGAAUCAGUGCAUUGUGCAGGUAUGAGGUCCCCCCUGUUGGCACAUCUUCUCCUCUCCCUCCUCCUGGCAGCGGGGAGAGAUGUCACGGGGGAGAAGGUAGACAGGAAGCCCAACUUUGUUCUGAUGAUGGCGGACGACCUGGGCAUCGGUGAUAUAGGAUGCUACGGUAACGACACCAUCAGGACUCCCAACAUAGACAGACUUGCUUCUGAAGGGGUAAAGCUGACUCAGCACAUUGCAGCUGCUCCUCUCUGCACCCCGAGCCGGGCCGCUUUCGUUACGGGGCGCUAUGCACUCCGCUCAGGAUUCGGUAGCACAGGCAGUGUGCAGGUGCUGCUGUUCCUUGGAGGUUCGGGUGGGCUGGCACCCAGUGAGACGACCUUCGCCAAGAGGCUGCAGCAACAAGGAUACACCACCGGCCUAGUGGGUAAGUGGCACUUGGGCGUGAACUGUGAACACAGAGGGGAUCACUGCCACCAUCCGAACCAACAUGGCUUCAGCUACUACUACGGCCUGCCGUUCACCCUGUUCAACGACUGUGUGCCCGGAGAGGGGACUAUUAUCAUGGCACACCUCCAGCACGCACUCCAAAAUCUGACUAUGUUGCUUGGAGUUGGACUUUUCACACUGGUGUGUGUCCGUGCGUGUGGCCUCUUUGAAGUCCGCCUCUGGCUACUGGUAGCACUUUUUAUUCUAAGUAUCCUAGCAACCGCUGUGUGGUACAUACCCUUUAAACACCUUCGGACUUGGAACUGCAUCCUCAUGAGGAACCAAGAAGUGAUCGAACAGCCAAUGACAGUGGAGACACUGCCCCAGAGGAUGCUGGGAGAAGCACAAAACUUUAUAAAGAGGAAUGCUGAUCAUCCAUUCCUACUCUUCUUCUCAUUGGCCCAUGUCCACACGCCGCUCUUCAAAACCCCCGCCUUUGCUGGUAAAAGUCGCCAUGGUUGCUACGGUGACAACCUAGAAGAAAUGGACUGGAUGAUCGGUAAAAUUACAGAGACGGUGGACUCCCUCGGCCUAGCCAACGAUACUCUGAUGUACUUUACAUCAGACCAUGGUGGACAACUAGAGGAUGCUGACUCCAAAGUCGGCCAGAAAGGAGGCUGGAACGGCAUUUAUAAAGGUGGGAAAGCUAUGGGUGGCUGGGAGGGGGGGAUCAGAGUGCCAGGUAUUUUCCGCUGGCCCGGCAGACUGGCAGCUGGAAGAGUAGUGGACGAACCCACUAGCCUCAUGGACCUCUACCCAACACUGAAAUAUUUAGCCAAGGACACACAACCAGACAGACAAUCCGAUGGCUAUAACCUCAUGCCACUGUUGGAGGGGAAGGUAGAGCGAUCAGAGCAUGAAUUCAUGUUCCACUACUGUGGGAUCUACCUGAACGCAGCACGCUGGCACCCACCUGGAAGUGACUCCGUCUUCAAGGUGCACUUUUUCACUCCCAACUUUUCUCCCCUUGGAGCCGGUGGAUGCUACGACACCGGCAUCUGUCUAUGCCACGGAGAACAUGUGACGCACCACAACCCACCGCUGCUGUACGACCUUUUCCACGAUCCCUCAGAGUCCCGCCCACUAACCCGUGAUACUGAGCCGCGAUAUGCUGAAAUCCUCGAGCAGACCGCCAAAGCUGUGGAGAGACAUCGAAGUACCCUCACAAACAAGCAGGCGUCCGAUGAUACUCAUUCACAGGCCGACGCAGAUGCUUACGGCGGUCAAAGUCAGAUUACAUUAGACAAGAUUCUGUGGAGACCCUGGCUUCAGCCCUGCUGUGGGACUUUUCCAUUCUGCGGCUGCAAAGAGGACACAACAGAUGUUUAAGGGGGUGGCUGUGGCUCAGGGGAGGGAGCGGGUCGUCCUUUAAUCACAAGGUUGAGGAUUUGAUCCCCAGCUCCUCUUCUCUGCAUGUCAAAGUGUCCUUGAGUGAGACUCUGAACCCCAAGUUGCUACUUAGGUGCUUUACAGCAACCAACUGCUCCUAAAUGCUUAGGAUAGGUUAAAUGCAGAGGUCAGAUUUCAUGUUUAAUGAUUAAAAUGAAGUUUGAGUUGUUUUUUUUUUCUUUAUUAUAAGUUUAAAGUGUAAGGUAAAAAAUCUUAAAAAGCUCUAAAGUUGGGUUUGGUGAAGCUCCUCUGGUAUCUACGGCAGGAUCUUCACUUUUUUCAGGAGCUCUCACCGUUUCAAGGUUCCAGGCCAUUUCCAACAAGUCAAAAAACAAUACAUUACCUACUAUACCUGCAGUAAGUGCAAUAUUACUGUACAUAUGUGCAAUAGAGCCAAAAAAUAUGCAUCUUUGCAUACAUGAAGGGAAAUUCUGUUGUUUACAUGUGUAUCAUUCAUUAAAUGAAGGAUCUGUUCAGUUGGUGCUCUUGUUUCUUAUAGUAAGGAGCAUAAAAUCAGUGCUUUAACUGUGCGCACAAUAAAAAGGUUAUUCAAAAAAAA